AUGUCUGAUUUUAAAAGCUUAAUCAAGAAGCGUGCAUCAAUUAAGGCUAAGCUUACUCAGUUUGCAUCUUAUAUCAAUCUUUCAAAAUCUUGUGAAAAGUUGAGUGAAUUGCAAAUCAUUGAAAUUGAAUAUAGACUUAAUAUUUUCGAAGGCUUAUACGAAAAAUACGACACGUUACAAAAUGACUUGGAAACGUUGGCGGACGUUCCUGACGAACAAUAUACGGAGCGUGAGGAAUUCGAAAAUCAGUUCUACAACUUGGUGGCCUCUGCGCGCCAGCUGAUAAGCAGUUCUCGACAACUUCUCAAGGCCGAUGCCAACUCCGAGGUGGGUUCUUGUGCUAAUAACACACACACACACAGCCCAGUGCGUUUACCUAAGAUUGAUUUGCCAAAAUUUUCCGGUAUCUAUCAUGAUUGGUUGGAAUUUAGAGAUACUUUUAUUUCCAUAAUUCAUAAUAAUAAUAACAUUGAUAAAAUAAAUAAGUUACACUAUCUUCGAGCUUCAUUAAAGGAUAGUGCAUUGUUAGUUAUAGACAAUUUAGAUUUUAAAUCAGAUAACUACGACGCUGCCUGGCGGUUACUCUGUGAGAGGUACGACAAUAAAAGAUUACUAGUCAACAACCAUGUGCAAGCACUCUUUAAUGUGAACGCAAUCAGCAGAGAGUCCAGUAAGUGUUUACGUCAUAUUAUCGACACAACAAAUAAAAAUUUGAGAGCCCUUUCAACGCUCGAUCAACCUGUUCAGUACUGGGACACACUGGUUAUACACAUUAUGGCAUCCAAGUUAGACCAAGUAACGAGUCCUCUCGUGAAGGUGGUGGACGCCAAGGGCAACCUCCAUACUGCGAGGGUCUUACUGGAUAAUGGAAGCACGGUUAAUUUCAUUUCCGAUAACUUAAUUCAUGCUUCUGAAAAGGCUUAUGGUGCAUGUGUAUAUGUUCGCAGCGAGUCAUUAGAUGGCAGAGCUCACGUGCAUCUUCUUACUGCUAAAAGUAAGGUGGCUCCCAUCAAACCAACCACGAUGCCUCGGCUGGAACUUUGUGCUGCAUUAUUAGAUUCACGCUUAUAUACAAAGGUAUGUCAAUCAUUGACUCUACAUAUCAACGAGUCCAUAUUAGCCUUUGUUCGUCAUCGCGUUUGCAAAAUUAAAGACUCUGUCGGGACAUGUUCAUGGCGUUACGUUCCGUCUCUUGAGAACCCCGCAGACCUCGCUUCGCGCGGACCUAGAGCUGACAAGUUGUCAUCAUCUUCUUUGUGGUGGUCAGCAACAAGAGCAGUCCACCUUGAGCUUGUUUCUGACCUCACGAAAGAAGCUUUCUCAUCCGCGAUGAACCGUUUUAUUGCUCGGAGAGGAAAGCCGCAUAACGUCUUUUCUGACAACCUUACUACUUUUGUAGGUGCCUUCAACGAGCUAGCUAGCCUUCUUCCUCAAGAUUUGCAACUGAGUUCUAUUGAUACAGACCUCUCCCCUUUGACUCCUUCACACUUUCUCAUUGGGCGAUCUUUAAUCAUGCUGACAUGCUCACAGCCCACAGCUCCAACAUCUGCAACUGACAACGGAACGAACGAAAUGGCUUCGGAAGGGUUGCCGACAUCCGCACACGUAGAGGCGUCUUACGACGGGCUUUUAAUACCAUCUGCCCUCUUCUAG